AGGAGGCUCUGCUUAUAGUAGGAAACCACAAGUAGAAAUAUAGAACAAUGGAUACAGUAGUACCUCUUCUCCCAUUUUCUUGGUUUCUUUUUAGUCUGUCUUUGUUUCUAGGAACCUCAGCACAGAGGUCUACUUACAUUGUCCAUUUGGACAAGUCUUUUAUGCCUAAAAUCUUUGCUACUCACCAAAACUGGCAUUCCUCCAUUAUUGAUAACAUCAAGAUUGAUGUUCCCACUACUCCAAAUGGCCACCAUAUAACUCCAAAGCUUCUUUAUUCUUACGACAAUGUAAUUCAUGGCUUCAGUGCUGUUUUGUCUAAAGAUGAACUUGAAGCUCUCAAGAAAUCACCAGGUUUUCUUUCAGCUUAUAAAGACAGGACUGUUGAAGCUCACACUACUCAUACUUCUGAGUUUCUUAAGCUCAAUCCUGCUUCUGGUCUAUGGCCAGAAUCUGGUUUUGGUCAAGAUGUUAUCAUUGGUGUACUUGACUCUGGUAUCUGGCCAGAAUCUGCCAGUUUCAGGGAUGAUGGAUUGUCUGAAAUUCCCAAGAAGUGGAAGGGAAUUUGCAAGCCAGGCACAGAGUUCAAUUCCUCAUUGUGCAACAGGAAACUCAUUGGAGCUAAUUAUUUCAAUAAGGGGAUUUUGGCUAAUGAUCCUAGUUUGAAUAUUUCAAUGAAUUCAGCCAGAGACACUGAUGGUCAUGGCACUCAUGUUGCUUCCAUUGCUUCUGGUAGUUUUGCUGAAGGAGCUUCAUAUUUUGGAUAUGCUCCUGGAACAGCAAGAGGUAUCGCGCCACGAGCUAGGAUAGCUGUGUAUAAGUUUAGCUUUGACGAAGGAACCUUUACUUCUGAUUUAAUUGCUGCUAUGGACCAAGCUGUUGCAGAUGGUGUCGACAUACUGACCAUUUCGUAUGGAUGGUCUAAUAUUCCCUUGUAUAAAGAUUCAAUUGCAAUAGCUUCUUUCGGUGCUAUGAUGAAGGGUGUCUUAGUCACUGCUUCAGCUGGAAAUGAUGGUCCUGAAAUGGGAACUUUAACCAAUGGAGUCCCUUGGAUCUUUACUGUGGCAUCAGGCAGUACUGACCGAUCAUUUUCAGGGACUUUAACUCUUGGGAAUGGCUUAAAGAUUACUGGAUUUAGCUUGUUUCCAGUGAGAACCAUGAUCAAGGAUUUUCAUUUGGUUAACAAUGGAAGUUUAUCUACUUGUGAUUCAUCUGACUUAUUAUCUCAAGUCCCUAAUGCUAAACGUAGCAUCAUGAUUUGUUAUAGCACUGCACAAGAAGACUUACCAGUCUCUGAUCAAAUGGAGGCCAUCUCAGAGUCAGGAUUUGGAGCCGCAAUCUAUGUUUAUAAAGAUCCAGAUGUAUUAACGUCCAACUAUUUUCCGAAUCCUGGAGUUGUCAUUAGCAGCAAGGAAUGGAAACAAGUAACAGAUUAUGCAAUCAAAAGUGUUAAACCUAAAGCCAGCAUCAGUUUCCAGGAAACACAUAUUGAUGUAAAGCCUGCUCCAGUCGUUUCUGCAUUUUCCUCGAGAGGCCCCUCUAGAAGCUACCUGCGAGUUGCAAAGCCAGAUAUUAUGGCACCAGGAGUGUUAAUUUUAGCAGCCUGGCCAUCGAACGUUUCAGCUGCAACUGUUGGUGUCAAUACAAAUUUGUAUAGUGAUUACCGUCUUCUAUCAGGCACUUCCAUGGCUACUCCUCACGUUGCUGGAAUUGCUGCGAUGCUAAAAGGAGUACAUCCUGAAUGGAGUCCUUCAGCUAUUCGCUCUGCCAUGAUGACCACUGCCAACCCUUUGGAUAAUACUGAAAAACCCAUCAAAACAGCGGAUGAUAACAAGGAUGCUACAUCAUUAGCCAUGGGAGCCGGACUUGUUGAUCCAAACCGUGCAGUUGAUCCAGGCCUGAUAUAUGAUGCCACUCCACAAGACUAUGUGAACCUUCUCUGCUCUAUGAAUUUGACAGUAGAGCAAUUCAAAACAAUUGCUAGAUCAUCAGCUAAGCACAACUGCUCAAAUCCAUCCAAUCAUAUCAAUUACCCAUCAUUUAUUGCUCUCUUUAGCCCUUAUGGGAACUACACUUGGUUGGAGCAGAAAUUCAAGAGGACAGUCACAAAUGUUGGAGCUGGUGCAGCUACGUAUAAAGUAAAAGUGAAAGCACCGAAAAACUCGACAAUUUCUAUCUUUCCGCAGACCUUGGUGUUUGAGAAGAAAAAUCAGAAGCAGGAGUACACUCUGACCAUACGUUACAAGGGCAUUGCCGAAGAUCAAGCACAAUCUGGUUCAAUCACUUGGGUGGAAGAGAAUGGUCAUCACACAGUAAGAAGUCCUAUAGUAGUAGCUCCAGAGAUUGAAGCCUGGACCUGAAAUGCUGCAGUUAACAAAACUGUUGCAUUUUUAAGUUUGAAACUCUCUAUGAGAGUUAUGAUAAAGUAGCUGGCAAAGCGCAUGUAUGUUGGAAGUAACUGUUGAAUAACAAUCUUUGCCGGAGAAUCUAAGGCUGCAUAAAUUCCGGUGCUAGUAUAACUGAAAAUCUUAAUUCACGCUGUAAUAAGCCCCAAGAUAUGGAAGAAAGGAUUAUCUUGCACCUA